GCGUGAAUAACCCAUGGUCCAAUUAUGACAAAUACCAACUUAAACACAAAGUAUCGACUUCUUUGCUCUCUGUUCAGACAUUGCCCAAAUGCAUGGUUCCCCUCCCAAUCUCGACCACCAGCACCAUUUUCCCGGUGAAGAUCCUCAACAGUAAUUCAAAUUUCGUUUCCAUUAAGCACAAGCUGAUCACAUUCUUGAAGCGCUCUUCUUCCAUAAAGCACAUCACUCAAAUCCACGCCCAAAUUCUAGUCUCUGGCCUCCUCAGCGACGCUUUUCUUGCCCGCGAGCUCAUCCGACUCUGCUCUCUGUCUUCCUCCACUAAAUGCUUGCGCUACGCUCGUUUAAUGGUCGAGCACGUGGAGAUCUCGACGCCCUCUCCGUGGAACAUUCUGAUUAGAGGUUUCGCAUCGAAUGAUUCGCCAAGAGAGGCGUUACGGGUCUAUCUUGGAAUGCGGCAGCAGGGAAUUAGACCGAAUGAGCACACUUACCCUUUUGUCUUGAAGUCGUGCGCGGCUCUUACGGUGCUGCGACAGGGCAGGCAAGUUCAUGGAGAGGUUUGCAAGUUUGGUUUGGAGAGAAACGUUUAUGUUCAGAAUGCUUUGAUUAGCUUCUAUGGAUCCUGCAAGAAGAUCUGGAACGCGUGCAAGGUGUUUGAUGGAAUGUCCCUGAGAUCAGUUGUCUCUUGGAAUGCUGUUCUCACUGCCUGCAUUGAGAAUUUGCGAAUUGCUGAUGGGAUUGAGUAUUUUGUGGAGAUGAGAAACUGCGGAUUUGAGCCGGAUGAGACCACAAUGGUGGUUGUGCUCUCUGCUUGUGUCGAGCUGGGGAACUUGAGCUUGGGCAAAUGGGUUCAUUCCCAAGUGAUUGAAAGAGGCAUGAUUUUGAACUGCCAGUUGGGGACUGCCCUUGUUGACAUGUAUGCAAAGUGUGGCGCUGUUCGGUGCGCUACUUUUGUUUUUGACCGAAUGGGGGAGAGAAAUGUGUGGACUUGGAGUGCAAUGAUCCUGGGGCUAGCCCAACAUGGCUUUGCUAAUGAAGCCCUUCGGCUCUUUUCGAACAUGAUGGAGAGCACAUCUGUACGCCCAAACUUUGUGACCUUCCUUGGAGUUCUCUGUGCUUGUAGCCAUGCUGGAUUAGUGGAUGAGGGAUAUAAGUUCUUCCACAAAAUGCAGUAUGUUCACGGGAUUAAACCAAUGAUGGUACAUUAUGGUGCUAUGGCAGAUAUUCUGGGUCGUGCUGGGCGUCUCGGAGAGGCUUAUUCUUUUAUAACAAGAAUACCAAUCGAGACCGACUCAGUAGUAUGGAGGACGCUGCUCAGUGCAUACAACAUUCACGACGUUGAGGACAAAAGUGGGCUGGGUAGUGAAGUACUGAAGAGGCUGCUUGAAUUGGAGCCGAGGAGGGGCGGGAAUUUCAUUAUGGUUGCAAACAUGUAUGCUGAGGCUGGGAUGUGGGAGAAAGCAGCAAAAACGAGGAGAGACAUGAAAAACAAAGGGGUAAAGAAGAUAGCAGGGGAGAGUUGUCUCGAGUUAGGCGGCUCUGUUUAUAAGUUCUAUUCUGGGAAUGAUUCUCGGGAUGAUUAUGAAGAUACUUUUCAUAUGCUUGAGGAUCUAAGCGUGCACAUGAAAAUGGUGAAUGAAUUGUAACUUUAGUUGCCUUCUCAGCUAGCCAAUGGAAGUA